UGUGUUUUAGCCUUGUUACAGUUGUAAUGACUGGUGUUUGAGGUUCACAAGGUAUCCACAUACAUCCAUUCUCCUGUUCAUAUUGACACUAAAGAGGUCCUUUCCUAACAGGAUUCCAAUAGGAUUUGGAGCUACGCAGAAAUAUCCCCACACCACAGAGUAUGAGGUCACCCUAUUUCCCUGCAAGGUCGGUGCUUUUCCGUAAGGAGCCAAAUGGAGUGACAUACAGAGUCCCGGCACUGCUCUACCUGUCCCACUCCAGGUCCUUCCUGGCCUUCUGUGAGGAGAGACUCAGCCCGUCCGACUCUCAGGCUCACCUGCUGGUCAUGAGGAAAGGCACUUUCUACAGAAACUAUGUAGAGUGGGAGGACAUGCGUGUCCUGGGCACUGCUUUCCUGACAGGCCACCGGUCCAUGAACCCGUGCCCAGUGUACGAUGAGUUCACUGGAACGCUCUUCUUGUUCUUCAUCGCUGUUCUGGGCCACACCUCAGAGUCCUAUCAGCUGGUGACCGGCAAGAACGUGACCCGACUCUGCUACAUCUGCAGCACGGAUGACGGAGACACCUGGACCACUGUCACCGACCUCACCAAGAGGGUCAUAGGAGACACUAUAAAAGAAUGGGCCACUUUUGCUCUCGGCCCGGGCCACGGUAUUCAGCUGAAGUCAGGUCGCCUGCUCAUUCCCGCCUACGCUUACCACAUCGAGUGCAAGGAGUGCUUUGGACAGCUCUGCCAGACCACUCCUCAUGCCUUCUGCUUUCACAGUGACACACAUGGGAGAACUUGGCGUUUCGGGGAGGCGGUGCCAGGUCCAGAGAGCGUGGAGUGUCAGAUGGUGUCUGUGGACGAAGAGGAUGGGACUAAUGUGUUGUAUUGUAAUGCGCGCAGCCCUCUCGGCUACAGGGUGCAGGCCCUCAGUCUGGAUGAUGGAGCUGUGUUUCAGGAAGGGCAGCUGGUGCAGCGGCUGGUGGAGCCUCGCAAUGGUUGUCAUGGUAGCAUUGUUGGAUUCCCUGCCCCGUUGCAUCUCUGCCAAAGUCUUAACCAUCACUUACGCCAACCUAUACACUGCUCCAGACACUGGACGUCUUGCAUGACCCAGCCCAUUCACACUGACUCUCCCUCUCCAAACAUCACUUCAGUUUCCACCAGCCCGUUCUCACCCAGUCACACUUCCCCUCCAGAUUUCCUGACUCCUACCUGGGUAGUAUACUCCCACCCAACAUGGACCACUGCACGUAAGGAUCUGGGCGUGUUCCUCAGCCUAUUUCCCCGUGAUCCAGACAGUUGGCGGGGCCCCUGGGUAAUCUAUGAGGGCCCCAGCGCUUACUCUGAUCUGGCCUAUCUGGAGCUGCCUCCCUCACCUGGAGCACCACCUGCUGUGGCCUUCGCCUGCCUGUUUGAGUGUGGUACUAACACAGCCUAUGAUGAAAUCUGCUUCAGCAUCUUCACCCUCUACGAGCUUAUUGAUCAUCUGCCUCGAGAUGAGCAGCUGGGAAAUGACAGUGAUGAACAUAAAAAACAGCAGAAUCAUGUCUCUGAGACAGUUUUCCAACAGGUGCCUCACAUGAAGAAGAAGAGAAAGAAGAACAAGCUGACUGAGAUGUGCUCCGUGUCUUAAAGGCUUGUAAUACAGAGUUAAAGUUCCUUCCAAUAAUUGCUUUCUAUAUUUAGUACAUCCACCGUGUAUUACAGAAUGUUAUAUACACUAUUUACAAGAGUGAUCGUUCUUAUGAGUAAUGUAGUUUUUGUAGUGUUACUACUGUUGAUUUCAGUUACAUUAACUGAAACCAAAUCAGAUU